UGCCUCCCACGUGCUCUCGCGUGCUGCCCAGGCCAACGGUAGCACAGCCUGCCCUGCUGUCUCCUCCCUCCGCUGCCCUUGCCAACCCUACUGCCUCGCCAUGGGAAAUGAAAACAGCUACCCAUCUGAGAUAUGCAACCACUUCGACCAUGAAGAGAUUAGAAGGCUGGGCAAAAGCUUCAAGAAGAUGGACUUGGACAAAUCAGGCUCCCUGAGCGUAGAAGAGUUCAUGUCGCUGCCUGAGCUGCAGCAGAAUCCUCUGGUGGGCAGAGUGAUCGACAUCUUCGACACAGACGGCGACGGGGAAGUGAACUUCCACGAGUUCAUCGUAGGCACCUCCCAGUUCAGCGUCAAGGGUGAUGAAGAGCAGAAGCUAAGGUUCGCCUUCAGAAUCUACGACAUGGAUAAUGACGGCUUCAUCUCCAACGGGGAGCUCUUCCAGGUGCUUAAGAUGAUGGUGGGAAACAACCUCAAGGACUGGCAACUGCAGCAGCUGGUGGACAAAAGCAUCUUGGUGCUGGAUAAGGAUGGCGAUGGCCGGAUAUCCUUUGAAGAGUUCAGUGAUGUGGUCAGAACCAUGGAGAUCCACAAGAAAUUGGUCGUGUUUGUAGAACACGAACACGGUCAAGAAAACUAAACGCUUAAAACUAAGAAAUGUACACCUUUGCCUUUCUUUCUCAAGGUUGUGUAUGUGGGAGAAGACAAUUCUCAUGGAGUAUUAGGAACCCCUUUCACUUUCCUGUGGCAUUCAGACUUUUAAUGGAUUGUUAACUUCCUGUUGUAAACAACUAGCAAAAAAAAUAUAUUUAUCUUUGCUUAGUAUCCUUUAACCUCUCUCUGGGCAUAAAUAACUCCAUAGCAGGAUGCACCCUGACUCUCCAAGAUGCAUACUCAGAAAUCCCUGAGGAUAUUUGAGGGAUAGAAGUCUGAGUGGAAAAUUUUGUCUCAGUGUUUCAACCCACCAGCAAGUAGCCUCAGUGCUCAUGUGAAAAGAGCUAAAUCUGGACCAAAUGGCCAGCCUGCCAGGCUUAGUACAACAGCUUUGCAGAAUGGUUCAGAAAUGGCAGAAUUUUGGUCAGAUGAGGCAGCAUCCUGCCUAGAAAGAGUCCUCUCAUCCCAGACCCAGUCGGAGAGAAUGGGAGAGUCCGUUUUCCCACAGGGUGGAAUAAGCACGUACAGGCUGGCAUACCCUUUCCCAUGAUGCUGAAAUGCUUUUGUUCUGGAUGGUAAGGAAUACAGAUUCCAAGCAAAAUGAAACUUAGUGAUAUCAGUUUGGUUGGCUUUUGAGAAUCAGUUCUGGUCCCUAGCAGAGAAGCCAAGAGCUGUCUUAUCCCAGGAAGGUCUUCCCCCUGGAACAUCCAACUCAGAGUUCCUCAUGCCUGAAUCAUUAAACUAGUACCCUAGGAAGUGCUGGAACUUGCUGAUUCUAGACAAGCAAUGUUGCACAGCUCUCUCAGCAGGUCACUUAGUUCUUGGUGGUGGCCUCGGAUCGGCAAUGUUAGAUAGUACAGCACGGAAAGGAACAAGCUCUGUUCUGCUUUGGAAUCUGUAUAACUCUGCUGUUUAUCCCCAGAUGCGUCACUAGUUCUCUGAAGCCCCUGAAACUACUGUCAAUUCAUAGAGUAUAAGAUGUCCUUGGAAUACCUUAUGCCCAUGUGCUAGCAUCUACCACGUCACAGAUCGCUCCCUAUAAUGAGCCGCCUGAGAUUCCAAAUACUGGCACAAUGAAAUAAACUCUUACUACACUUACCCAGUCAAGGAACACCCCUUAACUAUUCCUAGUUUAUUGUUAUAUUUUAAAGAAGAUUCACAGAUUUCAUUUUUGGCAAGGUGCCCAUCUAUCCCAAGGCAUACUGCAAAAUUUUUAUAUUGCACUUUACUUGAGAUCCACAAGGAACAGGAAUCCCUGACUCUAUUCUUUCUUUUCCACCCUAAAAUAUCUAUUUAGGUUGUGCAAAUAAUGUCAUUCCUGUAACAGUGGAGUCAAACCCAUUUCACAAUAGUUAAGACAGUUUGAGAUCCAAACAGUCCAGGGUGUGCAUUCAGGUAGGACAGCAUAACCACACUGCUUAUUAGCUAGGUGACUAUGAGAACCUAACCAAUGUGUGUCUUUCCAUCUAAGUCUAUUCUGAGAGCCCAAAGAGAUUAAAUGUGUAAAGUGUUCCCUCUACUGACCUCCUUGCCUCUCCCUCUCCCCACAUCUGGUGAGACCAGUGUGGAAAGGACACUGGGGCCCUUGGAUCCUCGCUUCUUGACAUCCUGCCACCACCGCUUUGAAAUUAGCUGGACAUCUUUGGAAUCCUGGCCAAGAAAGGGAAUGAUAGGAGCAGACUCCAAGUCCCUCCUCACCACACAUGCGCAGAGCACACCAUAGACUUCUCAACCUGAGACACGAAGAACACGUGAAAGAGCCUUUCAUCCUAGCCUGAUAUAUCUGGCUUUGAGAGGAAAUUCUAGUGAGAAAGGUGAACAUAAACCAAACAGAUCUCCUGAGGACAGACAUCAUAGCUCUGAACACACACAUUUUCCAAUAAGAAAAAUUUUAAAUUAUGACCAAGGAUUUGAAGUAUAUUUGGUUAGCUGUUCAUAUUUAACAAGGAAACUCUUUUGGAGUAGCUGGAAUAAUUGCUCAACCAUAUAGUAGCUACAUAAAGCUUUGUAGCAAUAGCUUUGAACUGAGUACUUGUUUCUGGUUAUAGAACAAAACAAUCUGGCUAGUUAUUCCAGAAAAUGGAUUAUAUUUACUUCCAAGUUAGAAUGCUUUUUUUUUUCUUUCAGUUAACUUUGUUUCUUACCAACCAAUAGUUCUAUACAAUUUCUUAGAGUGACAAUAAGAAUUGGUGUGUGGGGGGCAAUCCGCUCCUAACUUUUGUUAUAACGUGUGUGUUGUCAUUUGAUCAACACUGAGGUGGUGCCCUCAUCUCAGCCUUACAAAUGACAGAGACAAUCUUGUCUGUGGACGUGAACCUGGUAAGAAGAACAGAAAGAUUUAAGACCACAAAGACUGAGUUUGCUUUCUAUCAUAUUAAAUUCCUCUUAUUUUUAUGGUUCCUA